AUGGCGCAGCGCUCCGGGAAGAGCGACACCCUGACAGCGGCAGAGGCAGAGGGAGAGAGGAGAAAUGAGGAGUUCUCAGAGCUUCUGAGUCCCCACACGUCCCUUUGGCCAAAGCCUGUGGCUUCACUUAACGCCGAGGGGCCCAGAGAGGCAGUCGUACCAUCAGUGACAGCACACAUACAUGACGACUGCCGUCACUCGGCCCAGAUCACGCUCUACGAGGGCAAGCACUUCACAGGCAGGAAGCUGGAGGUCUUCGGGGACUGUGACAACUUCCAGGAUCGAGGCUUCAUGAACCGGGUGAACUCGGUCCGCGUGGAGAGUGGGGCCUGGGUCUGCUUCGACCACCCUGACUUCCGGGGCCAGCAGUUCAUCCUGGAGCGCGGCGACUAUCCCGACUUCUACCGCUGGAACGGCCACAACGACCACAUGGGCUCCUGUCGGCCCGUGAGGAUGCACGGGGAACACUUCCGCCUAGAAAUCUUCGAGGGCUGCAAUUUCACGGGCCAGUGCCUGGAGUUCGAGGAAGACUGUCCCUUCCUUCAGAGUCGGGGCUGGACCAAGAACUGUGUCAACGCCAUCAAGGCGUACGGGGACGGAGCGUGGGUUCUCUACGAGGAGCCCAACUACCGGGGCCGCAUGUACCUGGUGGAGAGGGGCGACUUCCGCAGCUUCUCCGACUGGGAGGCCCACAGCGCGCGCGUCCAGUCCCUCCGCAGGGUGGCCAACUUCUUCUAACUGCCCACCCACCCACCUGCCCACCGAGGUCUGGCCGCAACCAGGAGCCACUCCCCCAAGGAGAAGGCCAGUCCCCUCUGCCC